GGACAUUUGUCAGAGCAACAGCCUUGCCUGACCUGCCACGGGUGGUGACCCUGAGCGAGGACGCGGCGCCAGGCACCUGCGUGGCCGAGGUGGCCGUGUCCUGCAGCAGAGGUGCGGCAGGGGGCCAGGGAGUGGGGCAGGAGCCCCUGGGAGCCCCGCCAAGCACCGUGUCCCCGUGGCAGGUGACACUGCGUGCCGGUGCAGAGCUCAAUGCCCGUCAGGUGAACCAGUACACCCUGACCCUGCGAGCCGCUUGUCCCGAUGAGAACGAGGUGGAACAGCAGCUCUUUGUCCGGGUGACAAUGGGGCAGGUGCUGCGCUGUGACACUCCCUUUGCCAGCGCAGGAGGGGAUGUGGUGCAGGUGCUGGCGGACGUGGCACCCCGGACACCCCUGUACGCGGUGCUGCUGCAGCCGCUUGGCGGGCUGGCCUUCCGUCUCCGAAACCAUGACACACCACUCACACUCACUCGCCGGGGCUUGGUGUUGGCGCCUGCUGAUGGCUUUGACCCCAGCAAGGACAUCCAGAUGUUCAGGCUGGAGAUCGAGGUGAUGGACCGCCAUGGGCAUAACUGCAGCGGGGUCGUGAGGGUAGAGGUGCUGCCAUCGCGGCGUCCCUGUGUCACUUUCCCCAAGCCACAGCAGGCUGUGACGGUGCCGGAGGGCACCGGCCCCUUGGAGGUGGUCACACAGGUCCAUGCCAUUGGUGACAACAUCCGCUACACCAUUCUUGCUCCCGUGGCACCCACGCUCUUCACCAUCGAUGAGAUGACGGGUGAGAUCCGCAGCACCCGCCGGCUGGAGGUGGCCCGUGCACAGCUCCUCAUCCAGGCUUACGAUGUGCUGCACCCCAAUGACUACGCCACUGCCACGCUCAACAUCACCGUGGAGGGGACAAACUGGUGGGCACCAAGCUGCGUUCCAGCCUUCUUCGUGUCCCAGGUGCCCGAGACAGUGUCACCUGGCACCACCCUAGUGACACUGAGGUGCACUGAUGCCACCAGCACCAGGGGGCCUCUGCACUAUGCCCUCGAGGGGCCCCACACCUCUCGCUCCCGCUUCUGCAUGGAGGGGCCAAGGCUGCAGGUCAACACCACCCUGGACUAUGACAGUGAGGCCGUGGCCACUGUGGGCUUCCAGUUCACAGCCACCAUCGUGGUGACAGCAGGAGGGCAGCCCCCACAGAGCACCCGAGUGCCCAUGCUCGUGACGGUGACGCCUGUCAACGAAUUCACCCCGGAAUGCCCCAGUGGUGCCACCUUCACUGUGCUGGAGACUGCGGCUUUUGGCAGCACUGUGGGGCACGUGGCCGGCACCGACCGCGACUACCCCCUGGACAGCCUCGAGUACAGCCUGGAGGGGGACCCCGGCCCCACGCAGCCCUUCUCCAUCGAUGCGCACACCGGGGAUAUCCGUGUGGUGGGACCCCUCGGCUCGCAGCGACCCAAGAGCUACAGGCUGACGGUGCGGCUGAUGGACACCCACAACGACCUGGACCCAGCAAAGCGGCGGAGCUGCCUGUGUGACGUGACCGUGCGCCUGCAGGCCGUGCCGGAUCAGGCACCCGUAUGCACCCCUGACGUGCAGGAGCUGCGGAUCACGGCCGAAUCAGGUGGCCGCCAGCCUGUCACCCACCUGGUGUGCCAGGGCAGCCCUGAUGGCAUCGGGCUGGCAUACGCCAUCAUUGGAGGUGAGGGGUGCCUGGCACUGUGUAGACUUUCUUGUCCAGGCAACGAGGACGGGUGCUUUCGGCUGGAGGGGAACACCGUCUUCUACCUCUCCAAUGACCUGGCUGGGCCCCGCACCUUUGUGCUGCUGGUGGAGGUGUGGGGUGUCCCCAGUGCCCUCCGCCGCAGCACCGUGGUGGCACUGGUGCUGCACGUCACCCCCCGGAGUACCCUGGUGCCACCCAGUACCACCACCCGGCGCACGACGCUGCCACAGGGGCCGCUGCUCAUCACGCGGACGGAGGCAGUGUGGCACCCGCCCGCCUGGUUCGUGGCCGUGCUGACUGUCUCCAGCACCCUGCUGCUGGCUGCCCUGGGCUGUGUGGCCUGGAGCCUGCUGCGCAGCUACAGAGACCCUGGCAAGCUGCUCCUGGCCAAGAGCUCCUGGGAUGUUGCAGAGCAGAAGGGUGAGGAGGAGCGGGACCACCCUCAUGCCAGCACCCUGAGGCAGUUUGAUGGCCGUGCCCAGGACGUACGCACCGGCAGGGACUACCUCUUCAACAGCGUGACGGGGGCACGGCGCUGGAUCUGA